AGCACACGUCAGACAAUGGAGCUUGCGCUGCUAUAAAAAUGUGGGAUGCGAGCACUCGGCACUCUCAUCCCUCCCUCCUUCUCUCUGGCUCUCCCCUCUCCUCACUAGGAGCUCAGUGAGCAUGAGGAGACGCGUCUAAGUGGACCUUCACACUGGUCUCCAGGACACGUCGAUGACAAAGGAACCUCUGCCUCUGAGAUUUCUGCACAUUUCCCACACACAGGUACAGCUGAGCUCAGCACCAUGACCAGAAAGGUGUUCACCAACACGAGGGAGCGCUGGCGCCAGCACAACGUCAACACUGCCUUUGCAGAGCUCCGCAAGCUCAUCCCCACCCAUCCUCCGGAGAAGAAGCUGAGCAAGAACGAGAUCCUGCGCCUGGCCAUGCGCUACAUCAACUUCCUAGUCCAGCUGCUGGAGAGUCAGAGCGGCCAGCCGGCCGGCCACUCCCCCACCGCCCUGCUCACCUUUCUCAGAGGCAACAUGGAGCAGCUGCACUCCCCUCCUCACCCCUGGGCCCUGACCAGUGACACGGAGGCUCCGUCGCCCGGAUCCAGCUGUGACAGCUCUGAGGCCUGGUAGAGCCGCAGCUCAUCUAACAGAAGCAACUCUGGAGUGAACUUUUGGACCCUUUCUUUCUUCCCGGGGUUUCUGCUCUGAUCUGGUCCUCUGUAAAGACUGUUGUGUGUCUGCCUUCAGGGCAGAGUGUGUGAUAGUCAAACGUGGCUGAAAAGUGAGCACCGUCUCUGUGUUGAAGUUAUGAAAUAUAAUUUGCAGGUGAAAUUGAUUUGUGUUCUGCAUGGGUGUGUAAAAACCUGGAUGUACUAUUCCUCUCGUGUCUUUAUGUUAAUAUUCCUUGUUGCCGGCACGCCUUGAACUAAUUUAGUUUUGCAGUAUCGGGGUGUUUUGCCAACGAGGAAAAAUGGAAGGGAUUAAGGAAUUUCUCAUUCCGAGCAAAAGAUUGAAUAAGGAAUUUGAAUAGAUAAUGGUUCAGCCAAGACUGCAAAUAAUCUCAAAAUAACCAAGGGCACUUUUUCCCCACUAGUCGACAUGCUACCCCCGUCCUCCGAGAGAAGACUACAUGUGACCUUUCUUUUCAAUUAUCAAGGUUAUACUACUUCACAAAAAUCAAUCCUAAGAAAGCCUCCCCCCCCCCUUUCUCAUCCCUUUCACACAACAGCGUCAGUAUUUGUUACUAGUCAGGUUGGAUUUUGGCAAAACUGACAAUCUUCUUUCAGUAAUUGUACACAAAUCUCUUCGCUGUGUUUUCACUUGGUGAUUUUUUGUACAAUACGCAUGUCAUAUAGCCAAAGAUGAUAAUAAUAAUAAUAAUAAGUUGAUUGUCUCCUGUUAAGAGUGUGCCGAUGAUCUUCUGAUACCUCUUUUGUAAGUUAUUUUUGUUUGUUUGUGAA